GCCAGUUGUGUGGAGCAGCCCUGGGGGCGGCAGCUGCGGCGGGCCGGGCGGGCUGUGUAGCGGGGGGGGGGGGGUCUCGCUCCGCGGCGCCUGGAGGUCCCUGCCGCAGCUCGCCCUCGCUGGAGAGAGGCUGAGAUUUCACCGUCCCAUUUGUGUUAUUUUCUUCAGCAUGCGAGUGGUGUAGAAUUCCACGUCUUUGAUUCCCUGCUUGUUCCUUGGGGGAAAGUAAACCUACACCUUGUGAGGUGGGUGGGGCUGAGAGGGCUCUCCCAGCAGCUGCAAGAGACGCACAGCAUGUGUGAAAGAACCACAUGUGGCUCCUGAGCCCUAGCUUGGCCACCCCUGGUCUAGAGCAAUCCAUCCCUCGUUUCUCAUUCCACAUUGCUGAAGUAUAUGGCUUGAUGCGACCUGCCACCUCCAAAGCCCCUUGCCAUGGCUGACACGAUUUUUGGCAACGGAAACGACCAGUGGGUUUGUCCGAACGACAGGCAGCUGGCGCUGAGGGCCAAGCUUCAGACCGGCUGGUCCGUGCACACUUUCCAGACCGACCGGCAGCGCAAGACCCAAGCUCUCAACGCCCAGGAGAUGGAGGUCAUCCUGGAGGUCAUCCAGCGGGCGGAAAGACUCGACCUUAUUGAGCAGCAAAGAAUUGGGCGUUUGGUGGAGCGACUGGAGAACAUGCGGAAGAGCAUGAUGGGCGACGGGCUUUCUCACUGCCUGCUCUGCGGAGAGACACUCGGCUUGCUGGGGAGCACGGCCGUCUUUUGCCAGGACUGCAAAAAGAAAGUCUGCACCAAGUGCGGCAUUGAGACUGUGGGCACUUCGAAACGGCCCCUCUGGUUGUGCAAGAUCUGCAGCGAGCAGCGAGAGGUCUGGAAGCGAUCCGGCGCCUGGUUCUACAAAGGCCUCCCCAAGUACAUCUUGCCCUUGAAAGGCGUCGGCCGAGCCAAAGAGCUGCCCCUGAGGCCUCACCGUGUGGAAUCGCCAACCCUGGAGGUCAAAGGCGUCGCCACGACUCGCUCCUACACCUGGGCCAGGGGAAGAGUGGUCUCCAGUGACAGCGAGAGCGACUCAGAGUUCAGCUCCUCAAGCCUGGAUGAUCGCCGGUCCUUGCCUGCCAGAUUGAAUGCUGUCAGAAUUAAAAAACGAGAAGACGCAGCCAGCAGAGGCGAAGCUGCCCGGACCCUGCCCAGAAACACCGGCCGGCCUCUGGGGAGCACCUUGUCGGAAAGCCAGAGCAGCUUGAGCAGUGACCGCGGUGGGGUUCUGAGCGCCACCGAAAGCUGCCCGAGUGACCUGCUGAUUGAGGACGAGGAUAGCGACGCCAGCCGCAGCACCGCCGGGAAAAGGCGUCUCCCGACCAUCCCCUGGCGCUGAGGGCAACCAAAGACGCUGAGAUCCGAGACGCUUUCUUUUCAACUCACCUCACGGAACUUUGGGGGGGACGGCAACCGCAGGCCAUGGCUCCGUCCCAGCCUCAAUGACGCAGCUUUGGCAAGUGUGGAGAUGAGGCCAUCGCCAUGGUUGUCCAUCUCUUUUGUGUCGUUCCUCCUUUCUGUUCUUCUGAUCGCCGAAGAAGAAGCCGGAACAGUGGGGGACCCUGAGGAAGCCGUAGAAUUGGCCCCGCCCACCUUCAUCAAGUUUUGGGUCAUGAGGCUCUUCUGCUUUCCACUGUUCAGUGCGUAGGUUCUGAUGAAUCUAGAGACUUCUAAAGACACGGUGCUGAGGAGCCAUCAGAGGACAGAGGCGGGCCGGCUCCUAGGAGAGGCCCUGCAGACCGCAACAGUUCUUUGCAUGCGCCUCAAAACGUUUCUUGUGAAUUGGCUUCUGUUUUGUCGCUCGCUUGGCCUCGCAGGGAAGGUGUGCAGAAACAAAGAAUUAUCCGUUCCCUGCAAGCGGAAAGCAUUCCGCGGAGGUCUUGUUUCAAGGAAGGAGGGAACUUUAAGAUGGCAGCAACCAGAAUUGGUGCGGAGGGGAUAGAGAUGCUGGGUCUCUGUGCUACAGUUUCAUUACAGAAAAUGGUUGGAAGGGGAGAGAAGCAAGAGACCUUCCUCUCCUCACAGUUGUCUUUUGAGCCCAGUCUUGGGUUUGUGUCUUUCUGCCAUGCUUGCUUAUCCAUAGACAGAUGCCCCUCUGUUUGUCAGGGUAGUUUGGAGGGUUGUGGCACUGGGGGAAGAGCUGUCCCCCCCUUGCCACACCCUCCGUUUUAAAGUCUGUGUGUGUGUGUCAUACAGUGUGUUGUGUGAUGUUUUGUGGUUUGUUUUAUUUUUAGUGGAAAUGUCUGUCUCACUGUAUCCUCUUGGUUUUCUUGAUGGAUUAAACUCGUUGCUUAACCCUUGAAA